UCCUUGAGAUCUGAGAAAUAAGAGACAUGAUUCUCCGUUAACUGCUGCUGUACCGCUUCAAACAAUUCCGAAACUAGUUCACUCCACUCCGUCGUUUGGGCUAUAUCAUCUUUAGCUUGACUCAACCAUGGUGAACUUUUGGUUGUUGUGGACGCCAUUUUGGAAAUAGAACUAUUUUGUUACUAUGAGAGGGGAGGGCUAGAUAUGCCUAUGAUUUUUUUAAAAAUCACUUUUUGUGACAGGGGUUUGCUUUCAUUUUUAGUUAUUAAUAUAAUCUGAAAGAAAAGAAGCUUAUUACUUAGAAGAAUAGGAAAUCAAUAAAAUUUGGAGUAAAGUUUGCUGUGGUUAUAAUUGUUUUUUUACAUGGUGCGGAGCUCCUGUGGUUAUACUUUGAAGAGAGGAGACUGGGUUUCCCGCCUAGAAAUAAAUUUGCAAAACAAGUAAGCAGCCAUUUUACGAAGCAUAAAAAUGUCGUCCCACAAAAAGGCGAUAUUUCUACUUUCUGGUUAAAUAAUAAUCCUCAAAAUCAUAGAUAUGUUUGUAGAAAAGCUAAAAGAAGAAGUUUACGAUGUCAUCUUGCAAGAACGAGUUCUCGUUCUUGUUUCGAUGGAUGUCGAUGCUCUGUGUUCGUGCAAAAUACUCCAGUGGUUGUUCAAAUGUGAUAGCAUCCAGUAUACACUAGUACCUGUCAGUGGCAAGGAGGACCUUGCUAGAGCUUAUCUAGAACACGCCGAUCAGAUCAAACAUAUAUUCCUGAUUAACUGUGGUGGGAACAUCAACCUUCUUGAGAUGUUAGAACCUGAUGAAGAUAUCAGAUUUUAUAUUGCUGACAGCCACAGACCUCUUCACUUGGAUAAUAUAUAUAAUCAAGACCAGGUGAAAAUUCUUAUGAAAGAAGGUGAAACCUUAGAAGUGCCUGACUUUGAUGACAUAUAUGCAGAAUCUGAGGAUGAUGAUGAUAGUCAUGAUGAUGAUGAUGAUGAUUCAGAGCCAUCAUCAAAACGUCAAAAGACUGAUGAAGGAGAGAACAGUCUUAGUGCAAGAGCAAAAAAGAAACAGUGGGAACGCAAAAGGCAGGAUAUCCUGUACAGAUAUCAUGAAUAUGCAUUUUAUGGAACAUCAUCAGCUGUCGUUAUGUAUGAAUUGGCCUGGAAACUAAGCAAAGACAGUAAUGACUUAUUAUGGUUGGCAGCCAUAGGAUUGACGGACCAAUAUCUAAACGAGAGAGUAGACAGUGAAAAGUAUGUUAGUGAUGCAGAGACUUUGCAUGAACAUGUCAUGAGGCACAAUCAUGGAACAGAUGAGAAUGGUGUAUCAAUCAAUUGUAUGAAGAUAGCUUUUGACGCUGAACUUCGGUUAGCUUUAUACCGUCACUGGUCUUUGUUUGACAGUAUUUGUCACUCCAACUAUACAGCAUGCAGGUUUAGAGUUUGGACAAUGAAAGGCAAAAAGAAGCUGCAUGAGUUUCUUGCUGAUAUGGGCAUUCCACUUGCUCAAAGCAGAGAAACCUUCUCAAGUAUGGAUGUUGAAUUAAGGAAUAAUUUAAAAGAAUGGAUCUCUACUUCUGCUGAAAAAUUUGGUAUGGAUGAAAUCACAUAUGGAUCAUUUCAUGUCCAAUAUGGUUUUAGAAAUAAGCUUUGUGCAAGUGAUUGUAUGUAUGCUGUUAAUGCUAUUCUUGAGAUGCCGGAUGAAAAUAGUAAAUCUGAUAAAUUCCUUCAAGCCUUGGAUUCGUUGUCCAGAUCUAACACAAAACUUUUACUUGAUGGCAUUGAGAUGGCAAAAACCCAGCUGACUGCAUUAGUGAAUCAAGUCAGGUCACUCAUUGACAUGCAUCAGGUUGUAUGUGGGGGACCGUUUCUGUACGCUUUUCUUCGAGAGGGAACGCCUGACCUUAAGAUGUUCAGUAAACCUAUUGUUCUUGGUGCCUUAGCAAGAUAUGUGUUGAAUGCAUAUGUUGGAAUGUCUAAAAACAAGCGCGCUGCGGCUUUGCCGUUCGUCUUGGCCACUCCAUUAGAUACAGAUAAAGGUACCUGUCUCGUGACUGGCGUUCCUCCUAUUGCUGAUGAAUCCAAGAAAAAUUUUUUAGGUCGAGCGUUUGAAAUGGCCGCUGAUAAAACCAAGGCUCGGUCCCAACAUGAUUCUUUCGAUUCAGCAGUCAUCGAGAUAAAGAGCGAAGACAGAGAGAAAUUCUUUGACGCUCUUUCCGCCCUUCUUCUGUAACCAUGGAUGUAAUAACAGCUGGUUGGAAAUACUGCUGGCUCUACAAUUUUUAUCGCGAUUUCUAAUGUAUUUCAAAUUUCCAGGUAAUACCGGCCACAUGUGGACAAUGCCUUAUUAUUAGCAAGUGAAGUACAUAAAGGUGCGGUUAAAUUGUGCAGAAUUCUCAGUAAUUAUCACUUUAAAACCAUUACAUUACAAGUUGCUGAGAAACUUACACAUUGUAGCUUCACCUUGAUACCUUGCUGGAACUUAGCUUAUUUAACAGGGUGUUCGUAUUAGCGGGAUCUUUUCUUUUAGCUCUAGUGUACUAUAAACUGAACUAAUAUUCUAUAAAACUAAUACAUGUAGAUAUUCAAUUGAAAAUUGUCUUAGACAAUCGUGUCCAAAUCGUGUCGAAUCCAAAUCAUAAGGGCGUAGUACGAAAAAUGGUUAAUCAUUGAUUCAUAGACGAAAAUAAAUUUGGCUUUACAGAAUCGACUCUUGUGUCAGUCAAAGUUUUGACCAAAUGUAUGCAAAGAAUCGGUGUUGGUCAGCAAUCGUUCGGCCGUUUGUACUAGCAACUUAUAUAUUAACGUACCACCAUAGUUACUAACUCAAGGUUGACUAUGGUCCUACUAAGCAUACAUGCUUUGGUAUAUCUACUAAGGGUGCAUUGAUAGUAUAAGUGUAAUAUAGCUGAUUUUUAUACGAGAUCAUAGCCACGAAAGGGUGCCUUUAUUGCUGCAAUCUGACUAGCUCCGCUCUCCAUUUCGUGUACUCGGGCAUCCUUAUUAGGUUGUUUCUCCGCUAAACAAUAGCAAGACAUGGUAUUAUUAUAAGUAAUAGCAGUCCGCUGUGAAACGCCAUAGUGUCCGACCGAUUGUGGCCAUUUUUACUGGAAUAUGUUGUGUCUGACUACAUCACGUAUUGUAAAAAGAACGAUUUGUUAUAAUAAAAGGACAAUUUAUGCUGA